AAUAUGAGUGACACACUGACGACGAACGGCGGAAUUAUUAUGCCUCUCUGCUUAAUUGCUUCUUUCUCCAUGGCCGAUCACGGAAAGUCUAUGCGAAUUUCACUUGCUGGAUUACUGAUUCGCAGUUCCUCAACCAUCUCUCUGUCACUCUACACUGGCUAGAUACUUACGUAUAUCCCUGCCUCGUUCUUCUCCCAUAGUUAAUGCCAUCAUCUCACUCACAAGAACGUGCCGCAUGUGACCAUUGCUAUCGGCUUUAGGAACACGUCCUUCAAU